AACUCUUCCAACUCUCUCAUGGAUUCUCUUCUUCCUCUUCGAUCAUCAUCAUCAUCCAGUUCCACUUUGUCUUCUUCUUCUCAACCAAACCAUACUCUGGUUUCUUUCCCUUUCAUGCUAGCUUCGAAGAGGGUUGCCAAUGAAAACAUGCAAGAGUUCUUUUACUUGCAAAACGGAGGAGGCUUAGCAGUUGCUUUAACGGAGAAUGCUAUCUCUUUUUUACCUACAUUGGCUUCCAACCCAACCUUUCUUUCUGCUAUCUGUGCCUUGUUUGUCACGCAAUCAAGCAAAGUUUUCUUGAAUUUCUUGAAGGAGAGGCAAUGGAAUUUCAGACUCAUGUUUGCUUCUCAAGGAAUGCCAUCUACUCGCUCCGCACUGUGUUCUGCUCUCACCACUUCUGUUGCUCUCACUCAUGGCGUUGCUGGCUCACUCUUUCCCGUUUCUAUGGGAUUUAGUCUCAUGGUGAUGUGUGAUGCUGUGGCUGUUAGAAGACAUGUUGGUUACCAAGCUCUGGUGAUUAAUAGGCUUCUGGAUGCAUUGUUCAAAGGGCCUCCAGUUGCUGAUGAGAAGCUAGAAGAAGAUGUUGGUGACACCGCAUCACAAGUCUUAGCUGGUGCACUGAUUGGUUCUGCAGUAGCCAUUUCAUGCUCUCUAGUCUUCAUGCUGCUACGUUAGGUUGUACACAGGUGCUUAAUAGGAUGAUUCUGGGUGACAUGUUUCAAGGCCAUCCAAUUGGUGAUUCUGAGUUAGGUUGCAUAGUAGCCAUUUUAUGCUUUCAAUGUUUCCUUAUUGUGAGUUAGGUGAUUCUGUUAUGUUGGAUCAAACUGUAUUGAAU